UACAGUACCAAUGAGGUGAUUGGACUGACGAUGAAGUCUAUUGUAACGUGCUAGAAUUAAAUGGCCGACAACGCGGAUACGUAAAUUCGCACGCGUUUUGGCAGUUCCAGCAAUAAUUGUGCCUGAGUUUUUGUAAUAAUGGAUUACUCCAAGUUUAAAGUGUCUCAGCUGAAGAAGGAGUUGAAGAAACGUGGUCUUCGAGUCACGGGACUGAAACAAGAAAUGAUCAAUCGUCUGAAAGAGACAGACCAGAUGUUCCAGCAGAACAACCUGACCCCCGGUAUUGGGGAACUCAUCAAGGGACCCCGGCAAUCCCAGGCCCAGACACCCAGCCCUCUGGAGUCGGAGGACCACCAUGAGAUACGGGAACAGCAUCGCUUAGAGCGAGAGGAGAGAGCCAGGAUCACUCUGCUGAGGAAGCCACUGACAACGCUCAUGUACUUCUUACUAGAGAUGUGGGUCAUACUGGUUGGGUGGUGUCACAGAUCUGGUACUGUUUACAUUGAGAUAUGCGGAAAAACAGAGAACAUAAAAAAAUUCUUGCAUGUGGUGUCUUUGUAAAAGUAUGUGCAACGCUUGCGGAAACAAGCAGUGUGGUGCCUGUAUUGGAUAGGCCUUGGUAUCCUGUCUUCAGUGGGAUUGGGAACCGGACUUCACACAUUUUUGCUGUAUCUGGGUCCUCAUAUAGCAUCAGUAACCUUGGCUGCCUUCGAGUGUCAAUCUGUGGAUUUCCCUGAGCCACCCUACCCAGACGAAAUUGUGUGUCCAAAUGAUGAUGUAAGCACAUAUCCCAUGACAAUAUGGAGUGUCAUAAGCAAAGUAAGGUUGGAGGCUUUUAUGUGGGGUGCUGGCACAGCAAUAGGUGAAUUGCCACCGUAUUUCAUGGCAAAGGCUGCUCGGUUAUCAGGGUAUGAACCAGACAAUGAAGAUUAUGAAGAAUUUGAAGCUAUUAUGGAACAUAUGUCUGAAGAUCCACAGCAGCAGGACUUUGCUACCCGUUUAAAGCUUGGUAUUCAAAGACUCGUACAACGUGUUGGAUUCUUUGGCAUCUUAGCGUGUGCUUCAAUUCCAAACCCAUUAUUUGACUUGGCUGGUAUCACCUGCGGUCAUUUCCUUGUUCCAUUCUGGACAUUCUUUGGGGCAACUCUCAUCGGAAAGGCAGUUAUCAAGAUGCAUAUACAGAAACUGUUCGUCAUUUUGACAUUCAGUGAGCAUCAUGUUGAAGCUUUAGUUGACUUACUUGGUAAGAUUCCUAAACUAGGACCCCCACUACAAGCUCCAUUCAGAGACUAUCUGGAGAAACAGAAGCAGAAACUGCAUCACAAACCAGGCCAGGCAGUGGCUCAGGGGGCUAACUGGCUGUCCUGGAUUUUUGAGAAGGUGAUCAUCAUUAUGGUUGUGUACUUCGUCAUUUCCAUCGUCAACUCCCUCGCGCAGAGGUACGCAAAGCGGUUACACGACAAGAAACGUGAGCUGCACAACCACGUACAUACACAAUGACAGCCAGGAAAAGCCAUCUUUAAGAUUUAAUUUUAGCUGUGAGCUCAUUUUCAGGCAAUGCCGUCAUCUUCACAAGAGAGGGACCUUACACUGUAAAUCUUAAUUUUGAAGCAAUUUUCGAGUUAACUGUUUUCCGUCGUGUCAAGUCAUGUUUAUUACUUCCCCUAAUGUUUGCCCAUUUCAUCACACUGCUGUGUUGCUGCAUAGUAGUUAAAGAAAUAUACUUUGAGUCAUAAUACAUACAGAAUGUAUGUGAAUCAUUUUAUGAUUCUUAAUAGAAUUCUUUUUCAGUCGGAAAUUAAUUUUCAUUCCAAGCCAGUGGCAAGGGGCUAGCACAUUUAAUGUGGUGUGCUUUAAAUUUCCGCAACUGUCCACUAUGUGGCGUAUUUUUUUGUAUCUGUGGCAUCCCUUUGAUGGAAACCCUCCUUGUGUGUAUACAAGUUACUGUACAUUUGGCACAGGUCCCAUUGAGCAAGUGUGAGCGAAUUUCUGUAAAACGCACAGUGUUCUUUAUGUUAAAUCUAAUCAGAGAAAGGCGGCAGUAUUUCACAUAUUGCCACAAAAGCACUGAUUGCCACACCGAUGGUGACUACUGACUGGUUGGUUGACCAAUGAAAACACGGGUGCCUUUGAUUUGUAUGCAGUAGGUGGAGUUAUCUUAUGGCCUUUUGCACAUGGCUGUUAGGUAAGGUGUAAUUGAAUGCAGGUCCUGGAGUAAUAUCCAUGUCUUCAACUAGCUCCUGAUGUAUGCAGGUAUUGUUGCCAGUGUUGUCUGAAUACAUGCCGUGUUGGUAAUGGAAUAUAUGUACAGAACAAGAUCUGAUAUUGAAAUGCCCCAUGGGUCACAUCUAAAUUAUCAUUUCAUUUUGCUAUUGAAGACCCCUUCAUGUGCAGAGUUUUUCGUCUGAGGGUCAAAGUUCGGCCAGCCUGACCAAUAGGAGUGUUGUGAACUUGAAUUCUCCACCAGUUACACAUGUAUAAUCAAGUUGCUGUCACCAUUCGUUCAUUUUGUUAUUCCUUUAAUACCAAAUUAAAUCUCAACAGAUGUUACUGACCUUUGAAGCUCACAGGAUGUAGGUAUUUAUAACUCAACUGUAUUGUGUGCAUAUUGACUAGAAAUGGGCCCAAAGUCAGUGUAGCCAAGUACUAGUGUUACAAGUCCAUAUUUAUUUCAUUGCUCGCUACAAGCUGCCCUUUUCCAGUGCCAAAACUGGGUUUCUAGAAACCACUGAAAUGUACAUGCAGUGCUCUUUGACAUUUUGAGUGCAGCUCCACAUGGGACUUAGUGAUAGUUCAUUGCCUGAUGCAGACUUCAUGCUACUGGCCUUUCAUCAAGGAAGCCAACGUAAAGGCAAGUCCAUACUUGGGGUGAUUGCAAAGCACUUACAGCAAAAUUCCCCUAGUUGAAAUGUAUUCAACUGUUCCAAAUUAGCUGCUUAAAUAUUUGAUAUGAUGUCGCAAUUUUGCAGUCAUGUGUUUGUUUUCAUGCCAAGUAUGAACUGGUCUUAACUGUACUUCAACUAGUCAAGACAAAGAAACAACAUUCAGAAUAAAGUGUUCGGUGUCACCAUCAAAUGUAGUCGUAGCCUUUAUAUCAUUUGGUUUUUUUUUAUUUGUAAGUGAAAGAAUUCCAGCAUUGAGGUUUGAAUAUGUUUGGUCGUUUAUUGUUAAAAGUGCUUAGCAUUUGACCACCAGACUGAUUGCAGCUGCAGGCUUGUAUAAUCAUUUCAUAUCUAUGUGUACUGAUUUGUAUCUUCACUUUGAAUUUUAGUUAAUGGAUGAAUGAAUUGUGUACAAUUUGACUGAAGGGACAAUUCAUGGUGAUGGUUACCGUGUUGCACACAAGUGUAUAACUGUUCACAAUAAAAUGAUUUAAUAGUUACAAAAGUUUAAUUGAUAUCAGCAGUUUAGUUGCUGAGGUUAAGUUUAUGAAAAUCUCUCGUUAAACUCUGGAGUUUGUAAAUUUCUGUGAUUUACUGCUGGAAAGGUUUUUCUCCCAUAGAAUUUCAAGGGCUGAAGAAGCACAUUUCUGAGGAAUUAUGGUUUUGUUUAAUGUACUCAGGAACUUCACAAAAGAUGCUGUGCUGUAGGAAUAGUGUCUGUUCCUGGCCAAAGAUCCCUGUGUGACAGCCAGCGACAGAGUCUGUUGGAGGUGUGCAGAAAUUAAAGCCAUGUACCAGUCAGUGGUGCAAGGGAGGGUCCUUGCUAUUAGAAAAUGCCCAGUGUGCUACUAAAUGGAAGAAAUGGCAAAAAUGUAUCCUCCAGUGAUCCAGCUGGCAAGUUUAAAUAAUAGCCAAAGUUUUCUCUAUAUGCACAUAUUUGCAGCCACCUAGCUUUUUCGUUCUAAAGUACAACUUUUUCUCACCAGUUGCUCACGAUUUAUAGCCUACAUUUGUAAAUUUUAUUUGCCAACUGGUGACAAUGGAACUCUGCUUUCCUCUACGUUCCAGUGAAAAACUUCUGGUUGCACUGCUGGGUCUGUGACCACCUUGUCACUGCAUUGAGCAAUAAGGAUACAGAACAGUGACAUCGCUUCAGGCAGAAAUUUGUGCCAUUUCAGUCUGCAUUUUUUUUUCACUUCCUGUGACUUGGUUUUCAUUUCACAUUUGUUGUAAUUGCACUUAUUCAAGUUGAAAUGUAUUGCCAUUAUGUAGAAUAUAUAUGAUCAUCUAAAGUUACUGUUCACGGGUUACAGAUACUUGAGUUUGUGUUUGUUUGUAAGGGUCCAUUGGUACCAUAUGUUUUGGGGCAGUUUGUGUUAAUUAUUCAAUAAUUUUGGUGUUUCUGAAGCAGUGAAACUUGUAGUGAAACAAUUUGUUUUGCAGGUUGAGCUCUAUUAACUGUGUUAGGUAUUGACAGACUGGCAGCAUUUCUUUAUCAAGUCGACUUGACCUGUACACAGCUGCUUUGCUGAUUAAGCAAGAGAUUAUGAACCUUUUCACCCCCCCCCUAAAAGGAUCCAGCUGUCUGUGUUUAACAAUGGUGAAACUAUUGCAGCAAUAGGUUGGUGGUGGUUGGUGCUCCUACCUGCUGUCCUAUGUCAGGGCACCGGUAAUCGCUAAUCUCUGCCAUAACAUUGUGAAAAUAAACAAAUUGUACAUUUGUUUACAGUGCGUAAAAUUUGUGGCAGAAAUUGGGAGGAUGGGGAAGGUGGGGGUUACUUUUACCACUGUGGACAUUUGAAAGUGGGGGGGUGGACCUGCUGACAUCAUAUGACACUAUAGAGGAGGUGCUGUUCAGGAUACAGAUGUACAUCUGUCAUAUGUUUUAUAUUCCUGCAGAAUUUUAUAUUAGAAAGGCACAUGUAAUGCUUUUCAGAUUUUUUUCUUUUUAGUGCUGUUGGAUACAUGUAGGUUGUCGGUAACUCAGAAAAAUUUAACAAUCCACCUUGGUGUGCUUUUCUCACAAUGUAAAAGUGGGGAGGGGAUGAUUUAAUAGCCCAUCCCCCUGGUCAAAAGGUGGCAGGAUACACCCCCCCCCCAAUUUACACCAGUGAUUUCUGUUCAACAAUACAUGCACCAUGAAUGAAUGUCCAGUUGAGGGAGAAAAAAACUGAUAUAAAUGGGAAACCCAUAAAACAGUUCAAAGUGAAUGUAAUCAUGAUAAAUGCGAAGAAGUAUCCAUUUUUUUCCUAAAAA